AUGCCCGUCCAACUGCUGCCAGCCUCUGCGGCGGCUUUUGCCCCCAGAGCCUCAUCAGUCAACGUCGUGCUUGGCUCCAAGGUCGAGCCGUGGUUGACCCAGACCCUCAAGCGCAUCAACAGGAUCAAGCGUCCCCUCAACAGCGUCCCCCAACACCAAAGGUGUCUGACCGAGACCCUCUCCUCCCCGAACGCCAUCUGGACCCUCACCUCCAUCAUGCUCCCCAAGGCCCCGGAAUCCGAGCUGCGCCAGGACUCCAACCCUCUUGUCGAGGCCGUCUUCAACUACCAGCUCCUUCACAUCGAGGCUUACAUCGUCCACGUCGACAUGGUCCUGCGCAACGAGGUCGCCUUCAAGUUGACCACCGACUCAAUAGAGGCUCUCGUCGAGUACCACAAGGAAAUCCACUGUGUCGACAGCAAGGCCAAGACAUACGACUGGUCUGAGAAGGACCAGCAGUGCAAAAAGAUGCACGACGACUUCGUCCAGGCCAUCAACAAGUUUGUCUUCAGGACGCACGUUUCCGCCUUGGAGGGUCUCGAGGAGGAUGGUGCUGGCGAGCUGCUCUCCGGUAAGAGCGAGGAGGUCAAGAACAACAUCAUGGGCCUGAUGAAGCCCCUGCUUCCCCCUCCGCCCCGUGUUGUCGAUGUCAUCAGACAGCCUCCCCUGCUGCCCAGCUCGCCCGCCAACGCCAGCAUGUGGUCGCAGCCCACCACCCCGGCCAGCCUUGCCGCCGUCGACGCUUGGAGGGUGCUGCCCUCAAGCCCGAGUGUCACCUCUCAGGACUCAACACCCAUCUGGGCCAACAUCGGCAUGAGUGAGGUCCAAAUACCCUCACCAACCCCGUCCUACAGCCAGCCCUUCUCCACCGCCGGCUUCUUCUACAGCUCGCCAGGCAUCACCGCGCCCAUCCCUGCGUUGCCCCUCCCCAGCAUGUUCACCCCGCAAUGCGGCGUGAGCAUCGGCUACGGCGGCUUCGGCUGGGAUCGCUACCAGGAGUACACGACGACGAUGUGA